AUGUAUCUGCUAGCACGCCGGGGGUUCGGUCAGGAACAGGAUAAUUGCCAAGAUGGUCCACCAACCAAUGUCACUGUCAAAUUGCCCCCGCUGAUCGUGAAGUCUAUCCCUCUGGAGCAGCUGCAGAAGGUCCUGCAUGCAAAGGGCAUCAGUGCUCAAUUUAAGCUUACCAGAAUUGGCAUCAAGGUGAUGCUACAGACAAUGGACGAGUAUCUGAACCAGCAUAAAGCGCAGUUUUUCACCGACGACAUGCCUUCAGAGAAACCUUUCAAGGCUGUCGUUAGAGGUCUACCAGUGAUGCAACCUGAAGACAUCAAAUCCGAGCUGGAGGAGCGGUACAAACUACAACCCUUAGCAGUGUAUGUAAUCGCUAGGAAGAAGAAAGAAAAUUACGAGUACAGGGAUUGUCUCUACCUCGUACAUUUUCGAAAAGGCACAGUGACUCUUGGUGCCCUGAAAGCAGCGAAAUUUAUCGGCAAUGUCGUUGUCUCGUGGGAACCGCACCGUGGCAUUUACAAAGAUGUCACGCAGUGUAUGCGGUGUCUCCACUUCGGACAUGGAACACGAAAUUGUCAUCCAGCUGUCCUAUUGAAGGAGCAGUGCGGUAUAAAUGUGCUAACUGUGGAAAGCAUCAUCGUGCAAUGGAUCGAAUUUGUAAAUCACGUGAAGAUUAUAAGAAAAUCCGGAACGAAGCGUCAAUGA